AGAAGGCCUCGCAUGCCAUUUCGAUAUCAUUCUUCGAGUUGGUAAAAAUUCUCUCUUCUUAUUAAAGCAUAAGCUUGAAUAGUUCGAUAUGAUGAGCAAGGUAGGAGAUGCGGGGAGAAGGCUCAAAGAUGCCUGCUUGAGCGGGAGCGUCGCAGAACUAGAAGCACUGAUCAAAGAGGACGAACUCAUUCUCAGCCAAGUCAGCUCCCUCACAGGCUUCUUCAUCAAUGGCACCACUCCUUUGCACGUAGCUGCUUCGUUCGGUCAUUUGGACUUUGCGAAAGCCCUUCUGGCUUGGAAACCAAAUAUGGCCACCGAGUUAGACUCUGCAAGGUGUUCGCCCCUUCACUUAGCUUGCACCGAGGGCCACUUUGAGAUCAUGGAAGAGUUGUUACGGGUGAAGAGCAAUGUCUGCCUCGGUCGUGAUGAAGACGGUAGAAUUCCUCUCCACUUGGCGGCUAUAAAAGGGAGAGUCGAGGUGAUACCAGCAUUGCUUCGAGCUAAACCAGAGUCGAUUCAUGAGAAACUGGACAGAGGAGAGACUGUUUUGCACUUGUGUGUGAAAUAUAACAUGGUAGAAGCUUUAAAGACACUCGUACAAUAUCUGCAGAAGAAUGACAAGGAGUCUCUCCUCAGCUCCAAAGACAAUGAUGGCAACACCAUCUUACAUCUUGCUGCAGCCCUCAAGCAAAUGGAUACCAUAAAAUAUCUGUUGGAAAUAAAGAUUGUUAAAGACGAUGCCAAUGUCAAGAACCGGAAAGGAUUUACUGCUUUGGAUUUUGUGGAACAUUGUCCUAAUAGAGACCUAAAAACCAUGGAAAUCCUAGAGUUUCUUUUCCAAGCUGGCCUUCGUAGACCUGCUUGCGGUGGGUCGAAUCCCAAGCCCAAAUCACUACCCGAUAAUCCUCCUUCUACGCCUUCUGAUUGGCGGCACAAAGCUGGACAAGUACUGCAAAGUAUUUAUCCGUUUUGGAUCAAGUAUUUCAAGGUUAACCAUACCUGGCUCCAAGAGGUACGCGGUCAUUUAAUAACAGCAGCCACCCUAACAGCAACUAUGGCGUACCAAGCAAUUUUGAGUCCACCUGGUGGUUUUAGGCAAGAAUCUCAAUCUAGUAAUUGGAACCAAACUAUGAGUCUGCAUGCUGGUCUUGAGGAAAAAUCCGGUGGAACGGGCCAAGAUGCUGGUACUGCCGUUCUAGACAGUACUACUUCUUAUUUGACGGUGUAUUUCAACUUUACGGACAUUAAUGGGAGUACUUAUUACCCUUGGUACCUCAGCUCUUACAGAAACCCUCUCGCUGACUAUAUGCUUGUUAACACUCUGGUUUUAAUCGGAUCGUUGUGCACUAUUAUGCUGGCCUUGAGUGGUUUCCCCGCCAACAACAAGUUUUUAAUGUGGCAGCUCAUAUUCACUGUGUACAUCACAAUUUUUUGUAUGUCUAAUGGUUAUUUUCUGGCUAUGGCGUUAGUAUUCCCUACUGGAUUCCAAAAGUAUGCGGUUCCGCUUGGAAUGCUGUGGCAUGGCUGGGUUGGGCUAUGCGGAUUUGUUUUGGUACUUCACGCAUGCCACUUCUUGGUAUGGCUGUGGAAUAAGUUUGAAAACCUCAAAUGGCUGCGGAACAAGUUUGGAGACCACGUUAAAACAUGUUGGGAUUAUAUUUCGGGCUGAGGAUAUGUGGAUUGCGGGCCAGGGUAAAUACUGCAAACUAACGUAUCUGGUGUGGUCAACAAUCCUUGGUAAAGAGUACAGUGCCGCGUAAGUGAGACCC